AUGGGGCCCAAUAAACAGCAGUGAAUUAUCAUUAACUCAUCUGUUAUUAACUCAUCGGUCAUUGCAGGUUUUCUAAACUGCAGCACAUUUAUUCAAGAUGGAACAACUUCACAUCAGGGAAAUGUUUUCUAAAUUGCAAUGAAAUGCACAGAUAUGUGGGGCAGGUGGCGAUCUACUACUGAUUCCAGGACCUGUAAUGGGACAAAUGCAUCCUCCAGUCCUGUGUUGCCUCUCCAGGUGCUUCCUCAUGGCGCUGGCAGCUGCCUUCCAGUGUCCACAUGAAUGCCAAAGGACACAAGGAAAGGCAACCACUUGGAAAGCAAAAGUAAAGCAGCCAUGAAACGUGACACCAACUCCUAAUUUGGGGAAAAAAGAUCGUCAUCAAUCAAAGCAUCAGAGGCCAUGUGGUUGCAUGGUGAUGCGGACAGAAGCUCCCUCCAGCAUCCGAUGAUAACGGGGCAGCUGAGCAAGCCGCUGCUCUCCUUCAUGCGCGGCGACAUGAGCGCGGUAGAACUCCGGGCAGACGACAAAGUGGCCAGCCCAGACGGCGAGCUCAACGACGAGCCCCUGCUCCUUCCGUCCGAGGGCCCCGACAGAGAGGGCACCCCCAGCAAGCUGUACGGGGCCCGCGACAGCUCAGUCCAGUCUGACAUCAGCAGCAGUCCCUCCGAGCAAAGUCAAGUGGGACAGACUCAUCCGGGAUACCCCGCCAUGGGUCCACAGUCGCUUCUGGUGGCUCAGCAGCUGGCUAACGCCGUGGGCGGCGUGAUGUCCGGAGCGGCGCCGGGAAUGAACCAGCCCAUCCUCAUCCCCUUCAACGCGGGCGGACACCUGGGCGGGCAGCAGGGUUUGGUCCUGUCUCUGCCCACCACCAACCUCCAGAGCCUGGUGGCGGCCGCUGCUGCGGGGGGCAUCAUGACGCUGCCCCUACAGAACCUGCAAGCUACCUCAACCCUGAACUCCCAACUCCAACACCUGCAGCAGCUCCAGCAGAUGCACCAGCAGCAGCAGCAGCAGCAACAUCAACAGCAUCAACACCACCAUCACCAACACAUCCAGAACCAAGUGUCAUCCCAGCAUCACAUGACCCCGCCCAGCCAGCAGCAGUCCUCCGUCCCGUCCCCGGGCUCCGCGUGCUCCUCAGCCUCCGGACAGCCGCAGCAGUCGCCGCCGCAUCGGCCGAACCACUCGCCCGCCCGAAGCCUUCCCUCGCCGGUCACUCCGCCCAUGCCUUUGCCGCAGCUGAAUCCUCUGGCCAGCCAGGCGGCGGUGGCAGCAGCCGCCAUGGGAUCCAUCGCCGGCUCGCAGGCGUUUGGCAACGCCCUGUCAAACCUGCAAGGAGCCUCCGGACAGCUGGUCACCAACGCUCAAGGACAGAUAAUCGGAACAAUCCCACUGAUGCCAAACUCUGCAGGGCCCUCCAGCCAAUCAGGGGGCGGUAACCCGGCCCUGCAGGUGCCGCCGAUUACCCCGCAGCUCCUGACCAACGCUCAAGGCCAGAUCAUCGCCACGGUGAUCGGCAAUCAGAUCCUGCCUGUCAUCAACACCCAGGGAAUCACGCUGUCGCCAAUCAAGCCCGGACAGCAGCUGCCUCAGGCCCAGCAGGGUCCGAGCGGGCCGACCCCCUCCCAGCCCGGCUUGCUCCACAUGCCCCACAGACACAGCCCCCUCCAGCAGCCCUCCUCCUCCUCGUCCACCUCCUCUUCUUCCUCGGCGCUCAGCGUGGGGCAGCUGGUCAGCAACCCGCAGACCGCCCCCAGCGAGGUGGACGGCGUCAACCUGGAGGAGAUCCGCGAGUUCGCCAAAGCCUUCAAGAUCCGCCGCCUGUCGCUGGGCCUGACGCAGACCCAGGUGGGCCAGGCCCUGAGCGCCGCCGAGGGCCCCGCUUACAGCCAGUCCGCCAUCUGCAGACACACCAUCCUGAGAAGCCACUUUUUCCUACCACAGGAAGCCCAAGAGAACACGAUAGCUAGCAGUCUGACAGGCAAACUGAACCCUGGCCUUUUAUAUCCUGCCAGGUUUGAGAAGUUGGACAUCACCCCUAAAAGCGCCCAGAAGAUUAAGCCGGUUCUGGAGCGCUGGAUGGCCGAGGCUGAGGCCCGCCACCGGUCCGGCAUGCAGAACCUGACUGAGUUUAUCGGCAGCGAGCCCUCCAAAAAGCGCAAGCGGCGGACCUCUUUCACCCCGCAGGCGCUGGAGAUCCUCAACGCCCACUUUGAGAAGAACACGCACCCGUCGGGACAGGAAAUGACGGAGAUAGCCGAGAAGCUCAACUAUGACAGGGAGGUGGUGCGCGUGUGGUUCUGCAACAAGAGGCAGGCCCUCAAGAACACCAUCAAGCGCUUGAAACAGCCCGAUAUGGGCGUGGUGGGGGCGCCGCCCGUGGACCCGCUCGGCGACCCCCUCGACGACCUGCCCAAAUGAACCCAAAACCAAAACCAAAACAGCAAGGCGGCCCCGCUCCACGACCAAGAUGGCGGACGGACUCGUGAAAGCUUUGUGUUGUCUUUGUGAUUUCCACACUUCUUCUGUACAUGAAACCAAAAAAAGACAAGAAUAGAGAUUACAAUGUGAUGUAAAUGACCAAUUGUUGUGGGGGUGGGGGGUGGGGGGGUACGGGAGGGGGGGAUUUAGUAAAGAGCAAACCAAAUGAAAACACUAUUUACCAAAGUAUGUUGCAUCGGAGUACCAAGAAUACUUUUCUAAUGUAAAUGUGCUCGACAUUUCUACAUUUCUACCCGCAGAUGGAAGCUUUACGUCUUUCUUUUUUUCCCUCCUGCAUUCUUUUGAUGUAAAUAUUCCAAAAAAAAUAUUCCACAAAUGAAGCUCACUUUUGGACACAGAAAAAUACAAUAAUAAUAAUAAUAAUUGUGUGACUUUGUACAACUUUUACAGGUCUUUCUAAAAGAUUUCAUGACUCCAUGAUGAUGAUGAUGAUGAUGAUGGUGAGCCGCUGUGUCAUUCUGUUGCCAAAGCCCGAUAGCCAAAGAACAUCAUCUCAAGGACUGACUUUCAAAGACUUUUUCUCCUCUUUUUCUAAACUCCACCUCUCACUUUUA